GCUCAGCUGAAGUGGUGCUCUCUGUUCUGAGCCAAGUCUAGGCCAAGUUCAUCUAGUGCCAUGGCCAGAUACAGAUGCUGCCGCAGCCCAAGCCGGAGCAGGUGCCGCCGCCGCAGACGGAGAUUCUAUAGACGAAGGAGGCGGUGCCAUCGGAGACGGAGACGGUGCUGCCGCCGCAGGUACACCCGGAGGUGCAAAAGAUACUAACUGCAGAAGAGCAAGUCCACUGAACUCCUGCUGAAGACUUUACCAGACCUCAAGAUCGUCCUACCACCUCUUGACAAUGCCACCUUGCACUGAAACAGGAGCCUGCUAAGGAACAA